AAACCUACUCUCAUUACCAACUCCCGGCAGAACCUCAAUACCAUAUGAAGGAACAGAGAUCUCGAUUGUGCGAUCAUUGGAUCGAAAACGACCAUCGGGGUCAGACCUUCGAACGGACUCCUGCCGGGGUUCCUACCUAUCAUAUCUCGAGACGCGAUAUCACAAUGGCGACGAGGAUCCAAGAACCCACCGAGGCACAUCCAAGAACGGACGGCAACUCACGGAACCCCGGAGGAACGGUCCGAGGCACGCCAGACCCACCCCGCUUCGACCAUCUGGUACACGCUGAUAAUGACAGGAUGGAGGCGCUGGAUUCAUGGGUGGAUGGGUUCGAAGCUUAUUGCGAAGCCUUCUAUGGCAACGAAGACGCGCCAGCCGAAGGCGAUGUCGUGUCCAACAAUCAAUGGAAAAGGCUCUUGAGGAUAGCUCUCGCCCCGGCCACAACAUCACUCGUACGCAACAAGUUCCCAAACCUAAAGGAUAACUCGGUUACAUACAUCGCCAUCAUUGACCUCCUUCGCCAACAAUUCGGGAACCUCAGGUCCGAGUUCGCCACCAUGAACGCCCUUCUUGACUCCCACCAGAAGGUGGGAGAAGCGUUCUCCGCCUUCCACGGAAGAAUAUCCAGUUUGGCGGCUCGGUCCGGGUUCUCCUGCAAUCAAUGUCGAGGUCACCUUGUCCGUCACCUAGCCCUAAGAAGCACAACCUGCACCACCAUUAGGGCUGCCGCGCUACAAAAUAAGUGGACCGGAGAAGAACUCCCGGUCAGGGCAAGAGAAGUUGAAAUCUCGACCGCAGCAGCAACCGUAGGCCGGAAAAUCCCAACUCUGAGGGUCGACUUAGAAGAAGAAGAUGAUUCCCAAGAACAGGAAGAGGUAUAUAGAAUCGGAGGUCCAUAAUCCAAAUCGGCGCGGCGAGUGCAAGAGGCCCGAAGAACUCAGGACGGUUCGGCAAAUGCCGCGUGCCCAUGGUGUGGGAGGGCACCGGGACACGACAGAUCAAGCUGCCCCGCGUCCCGGGCACCAUGCAACAAAUGUGGAAGGCUGGGCCACUUCGCCAUCGUUUGCCGAAUGCCAAGACAACGUAGUGCGCACGAUCGCCAACUCUCACACCACACCGCCAAGAACGAGGAGGGGGCGUACUACAACGUUUUUCAAAGCAACACCGGC